UUUCAUUUCUCCUAUUAAUUAUUUUAUUCCGUCUUACCAGAUUCACCAUCAUCUUAUAACAUCUUCGGCUUCCUCCAAAAGUUAUUUUUCUUAAACAUAUUAAAAUAAAAAGCCAUCAAAUGAUCUCCACAAGCUGAUUAGCUCUCUCUUUAUCCAUCUCUUCUUCGUUUCCGAAUAUCAAAAUUUUGUUUUGAGGCUUUAACCUAAACCCUAAUUUCUGUUCAAGAUUAUCUCGAAAAGAAGAAAAGACAUAGAUGCUUGAAGUAGGAGCAAUGGAUAUGACUCCUAAAUCUCCUGAACCCGAAUCCGAAACACCAACCCGGAUCCAACCAGCUAAACCAAUCUCCUUCAGCAACGGCAUCAUCAAACGCCACCACCACAUCCACCACCACCACAACCACACAAUCACCACCGUCAACUACAAAGAAUGCCUCAAGAACCACGCUGCUGCGAUUGGAGGUCACGCGCUCGACGGCUGCGGCGAGUUCAUGCCAUCUCCUUCCUCCACGCCUACCGAUCCAACCUCCCUCAAGUGCGCCGCCUGCGGUUGCCACCGAAACUUCCACCGCCGUGACCCCGACGACUCCUCCCUCACUUCCCCCGUGCCUCCACCGUCUCUCCCUCCGUCUUCCGCCACCGCCGCAAUAGAGUACCAGCCUCACCACCGUCACCACCCACCCCCGCCUGCUCCUCCUCUCCCUCGCAGCCCUACUUCCUCCUCUCCGCCGCCUAUCUCCUCCUCUUACAUGCUCCUCGCUCUCUCCGGUAACAAUAAGCCCGGCGGAAACAGCUUACCGUUCUCAGAUCUCAACUUCGCCGCCGCCAACAACCUCUCCGCUCACCACCACCAACAGCACCAUACUCCCGGCUCCAGGAAGCGGUUCAGGACGAAGUUCAGCCAACAUCAGAAAGACAAGAUGCACGAGUUCGCCGACCGGAUCGGGUGGAAGAUCCAGAAGCGCGACGAGGACGAGGUGCGCGAGUUCUGCCGCGACGUCGGAGUUGAUAAAGGCGUGCUCAAGGUCUGGAUGCACAAUAACAAAAACACCUUCAGCACCACCCGCCGCGAACUGCCGUUCUCCGGCGACACCACCGUCCAGAAGAUCGACAACGGCGUCGCUGUUUCUGGCGGCGACAAUAUUGUUAUUAAUAAUAAUAGUAACAACAACGCCGACGAUGUUGGCGUUCACGGUGGAAACGGUUUAGAACACGAGAUACACCGCGGCGGUGGUGAUGGGAGGUUUGAGAGUGAUAGCGGCGGAGCUGCGGCUAACGGCUCGUCGUCUACGUCGUGAAGAUGUGAGAGAGAAACUGUUGUUGUUUUGCAGGGAAAAGAGUAAUAAAGAAGCUUAAGCUUUUGUUUAGCUUAGAUCAUAGAGUAAGCACUGCUAUUAUCAUCGUUAAUACGUUUAUUAAUAUUAAUUAAACUCCUUUUUAAGCUCUUUUUUUUUCUUCUUUUUGUUUUUCUUAAUAUUAGUUUGUUUUCCGACAUUACCAUGAGCUUGUCUGAAGGAGGGAAUAAUAUAACACGUUCAUGAGUUCA